CCGUUUUUCAUCUCGACGUCAUUUCGGAAUUUCUUCCCAUUGCAUUGCACGCCACUUUCGGCUAUUUCUUUCGUGUCUCGAGGGGAUCACGCUCUUCCCGACGCGCCAUAACUAUAACUGCGCACGAAUUAUCACUUAAUUACUAUUCCAUCAAGUACGGCCUUGAAUUGGCCGUGUUGUUCGCAUCAUGGGCAACGAAUCCUCCACUGACGUGGACGAGAAGGCCCCCCCAUCCGUGCUGGAGAAGCGCACUAUCGAGGCAGUCGCCAAGUAUAUCCUUGAGAAAGAUGUGCGACGCAUUGUGGUUAUGGUGGGUGCAGGCAUCAGCACCUCGGCCGGCAUUCCCGAUUUCCGCUCCCCUGACACGGGCAUCUAUUCCAACCUGGCCUACCUAGAUCUGCCCGAUCCCGAAGCCGUAUUCGACAUCAGUUUCUUCCGCGAGAACCCCAAGCCCUUCUACACCUUGGCCCGCGAGCUCGCUCCGGGCCGAUACCGACCCACGAUCGCACACUCGUUCAUCAAACUGCUCUACGACAAGGGGCGCCUUCUAAAACAUUUCUCGCAGAACAUCGACUGCCUUGAGCGUCUGGCAGGGGUGCCGGGGGAGAUGAUCGUUGAGGCCCACGGGAGCUUUGCAACCCAGCGGUGUAUCGACUGCAAGGCGGACUACCCAGAGGACCAGAUGAAGGCAGCCAUUGCUAAGGGAGAGGUGCCUAACUGUCCAGAGUGCAACGGGCUUGUGAAGCCGGAUAUUGUUUUCUUUGGGGAAGCGCUACCGUCGGACUUCUUUAACAGCAGCGAUUUGCCCGAACAGGCCGAUCUCUGUAUUGUCAUGGGCACCAGUCUGACGGUGCAACCGUUUGCUAGCUUGCCCGGGUUCUGUCGCGAUGGGAUACCGCGGGUGCUGAUCAACAUGGAGCGGGUCGGAGGACUGGGGUCGCGCCCAGACGACGUCCUGGUACUGGGGGAUUGCGAUACCGGGGUGCGUCGAUUCGCUCGCGCUCUGGGUUGGGAGGAGGAGUUGGAGGCGCUGUGGGAAGCCACCAAAUUGCCGGAGGAAUCCGGCGCACAGACGGUGGAGGAUACACCGCCUCGGACACGCGAAGAGCAGUUACAGGAGGAAGUCGAGCGUCUCACGGAAGAGGUCAAUCGCACGCUGGGUAUCUCCCAGGCCUACGAACAACGUGUCCGCCAACAAUUAGGGGGAGCCGUCGCGGGGAAAGCGGAUCGCGCAGAUCGAAUUGACCCGGCGAAUAACAGCCGCAGCUCGCAUGCGGGGGAGACAAGCACUGAAGGGCUGGCCCAUGUCUUUCCCCAUCUGACACGGGCCACAAAAGAAGAUGAUAGAUCGGAAAGUUUCUAACCAAGACGUUAGGUUAUGGCUUAUUGGCUUUUGACGAAGACGGGACGGGGAUGGGCAUGAGAGGGUGAAAGAUUGGUUUAGGUGGCUGGUCGACCAUUCCGCCCGGAUUCGGGCGUCUUGACCGCGGAGGGGGGUUUUGCUGAUGAAUUCUAAUGACCCUGAUGAGUAGACGAUCGAUAAAACAAAGACAGACUAAGACAAGA